GCGAACCAAAAAAAAUUGUCUUUUAAUUGCUCCUAUGUCGGAACAUCAUGCAUUUCACUAAUGACCUGGCUGAGAGAUUAGGUUUCAAGCUCUGAAAAUACCGAACCUAAAUUAGUCAAACCAGCCUUCCAAACAUGUUUAGAUAUCAACUAGUAGUGCUCUGCAUAGCAUUUAUAGUGUGCAACUCAACGGAUAAUAGCUUCUGCGAAUUUAAGGACUGUUAUAUAAAGGCCGUGAACCGCACUGACAAAUUCAUGACUUUGUAUAUUAAGCUCUAUCAAACGCCCGUGGACAACGUAACCGCCAAUAUCAAGCUGAUGCGAAAUAAUAAUGGGUUUAAACCGUUUUUCCUAGAUGUUACUAUCGACGCGUGUCGAUUUCUGGUCAAUCAAAAAAAUAAGAUAAUAAGAGAGUUCUACUUUAAACUAUAUAAAAAGUAUUCAAAUAUGAAUCAUACCUGCCCCUAUGACCAUGAUCUCCUGUUCCCUCAACUAUGGACCCGAUACCUUGAAGACACUUUGGAAGGCUUUGUGCCUUUGGUUGGUGGCGAGUAUGCCUUAUAUACUACCUGGUACUCGAAGAAUAUUAAGCGUGCAUCCGUUAAUAUAUACUUCAGCAUAUUUUGAAAGAUGGCUCCAAAAUACAAUCAAGAUUUUUAAUUUCGAUUUUUAAACUGAACUUAAGUUUCAGUUUAGUUCUUAAUUGCUAAAAUACUUUCAAC